UUGUACUUAUUAUUUAUCAGCUGUCAAAUAGCUACUGACGUCUUUUCUGUCAGUCCAGUAGUAUCUGUAUUUACAAAACGACAUAUUUACCAAAUUUCCAAACAAACCGUGCACAAAAUAAAUGGAAAGUCAACGUUCUCGAGUGGUUCAUCUGUAUAAGACCCUUCAAUAUCUUGGUCGAGAAUAUCCCGGUGGGUCUCAAAAGUUUCGACAGAAGUGUCAUGAUAUUUUUCUGCGGAAUAGCAAAGAAACCGAUCCGAAAAAAAUAGAAUCAAUGAUUGAACAUGGAAAAUUCAUUGUCAAAGAACUGGAGGCACUUUAUUCUCUGCGCAAGUAUCGUGCAAUGAAAAAACGGUACUACGAUGAUAAAUCAUAAUUAACACUCUAAAUGGAGAGAGAUUGAGAGAAAGAAAAAAAUGCACACAUCUAAAUACUUUAUCUUUGAAAUAAUUUAUUGUUUCUAGGACAUAGGUUUUAUUAAUAAAUUUAUGUUUUCAAUACUUCACUAUA